GUUCCGCCAUACGCUCGGCGGCGCCCUCACAGUUCAGUCAGUGCUAAACUACGAGGGAAUGAGCGCGGUUAUGCGGUCGAUCUCACCCGGCCGCAUCGCUGUCCCGACACACACAACAUAGCGGCCCUACGCCGUGUAUCGUACGAGGGCAUUUUUUAAAAUUCCGUAGAACCCUUUUUUUUGUUUUGUCUAACUCACCGAGACCGGCUUCGAACUUGACCUGUGAUUGUUUGGGCGAACUGUUAGUGCGCGUGUUGUGCUUUAUCGAUAAUAAUAUUAUAACCUAUACGACUUCAAGGGCACGGCGCUCGGACCUUGUGUUUUGAACGUAGUGUUGGGACGUUGUCCCGGGAUACUUGCACUGUAAAUUUUAGUGGGCGUAUUCGAAAGUUUGAAAAUCGAUCGGGUGACGUGUGUGCGUGGGAUUGCGUUUACGUAAUCUUUGUUUACCUUGGGAAUAUGCACUCUACCCGUAGUGUGAUGAUAAUACGCCACCAUUGACAACUUUCAAAACAAGCCCGGGAUCUUGAAGGUAGCCGUUUCGUCUUCCUCGUACUAAAGAUAUUGGAAUGAACCAAAUUAAUAAUCCAUACCGACCACCAGCUCCUGACCAGCCCUCGAGGGCUCGGGCAUGAUGGCGCGAGCGGGCAUGCUUCAGAGGGGAAAGAAUGGAGCUGACGGGUGCGACGACGUGCAACGUUCGCUGGAGCUGCUGGACCAGGUGCUGAGCGAGUACGACGAAGGGGAGCCGCGCUCACUGGAGCCCACCGCCGUCGUCCCGCCCACUCCGGCCACUCCGGCCACUCCGGCUACUCCAGCCACGCCCGGCACUGACGACGACUCGCCGCUCGCCGGACACACGUCCGAAGACGAUGGAUACAUGAGCAUGAACGGCAGACGAGCGAAGUUCGCGCUGGGAUUCCGUCCGACCGAGGAGCGGGAAGAGCCGUCUCCGCCGGACCCGCUGUAUCCGCGCUCCCCGCACUCCCCCCACUCCCCGCACUCCCCACACUCCCCGCACUCCCCACACUCCCCGCACUCCCCGCCGCCGCCUGAGGAGGCCGAGAGGAUCAUCUCCACACUAUUGCCUAAGGUAUCACCUGCAAAUUCUGCGAAGCGGUCGAUAUCGAUUGAACGUAGGGAGGCAGAGGAAAAGUUGGACUCUAUAAUCAGCAUCAACGGUGUCACUACAGCAACACAAACACAAACCACUUUUCCAAAGACGAGGCACCAACGUCCCUACGGGUGGGACAAAGAGAACGAAACGAACGGCUUCCACCAAGUGCAAGUGCCUCCGUACAAGUUUUCGUCGUUACAGCACGGCGCGAGGCCGCCGCAGCCCGACACCGCACCCACGUGGCUGCCUCCUCGACACACAGCGCCGCCAAUCAAUCAAAGAAAGUCGCCCAGCUUCGAUAGCCCGCCCGUGUUCCCAUUUAUGGGCUUCUCCAGCGAAUUCAGCGACAAACCGUACAAUGAACACCCUGUAACGAUAUAUCCAGGACCUAACAUACAAUACAAUAGACAGUCACACUCACCGACGUACAAAAUUUCACCAUCCAAUACUAAAAGUAUCGAAAAGAAAACAAACAGCACCAAACAUGAUAGCAGAUCAGACGGUGAAAUUUUGUCACCGAAAACUAAAAUACCACCGCGAACUCUCGCCAGUUCUAUGGAAAGACAUAGAGAAGUGUGUAGAGGAUCUGCAGAGGAUCUUAUUGAAAGGUGCAAGCCACGAGCCGUGAACAAAAGCAAGGACGAGGAGCAUUUUUCUGACGAUUCCCUCGAAGAGUCGUUUCCACCACCACCGCCCGCAGUUACCACGCCUUCAAAACGAAAUUCAAUCGCUUGGGAAGUAUCCCUCGACGGCGAUGAUCCUCUUCUCACUCCAGGAAGCACAAAGGUAAUAGGCAGACGAAGAAGAAAAUCAGGGGAUCAGUCUCACUCGAGCACGAGUUCUAUUCCACAACGAGUAGACGAUGAUUGGGGGGAAGAAUACUGGCCGCCUCCACCUCCGUUAUCGCAGUGCGAGACCCCGGCUUCGCCCACAUCUGACGUAGAUAAUGAGCGUCGAGCCCCAGAUAUGGGCACAUAUAUCAUAAGAAAGGGUAAAAGUAGAAAACAAUUGCCGAGCUUUAAUAAGAGUCCUAAUAAUAAAGCACAUACAAAUACAAACAAUUUUUCACAUAGUCACAGCUUGAAUAGAAGCACUGACAAGUCCAUAGAUGGUUCUAGUAUUUCUUUAAGUGGGUCAGGAUCUGUAGGUUCAUACAACUCGAGACCGAGCUCAGACUUGAGCCUACCGCAGUCCCGAUACAGUGUCGAUUUGAAUUCAAGACUAAGUCGAGAACUAAAUACGCCUAAUUCUAGAUAUAGCAUAGAUCUUUGUACACCGAAUUCUAGGUUAAGUAAGGAAAUGACGUCACCUAAGUCUAGAUUAAGUUUAGAUCUUAACAACGGCCCAGACAGAUACAUAAACCCCGAUUACUACGCUCACAGCCCCAAAAGUAGAAAAAGUAAUGAUAAAGUGUGUAUGCCGGGAUCCAAGAGCAAUAUGCAGAUACAGAAUAAACUGUCACCCCAAAAUAGAUUUACCGAUUUUAAGAAGUAUUCUUCUACCUUUGAUAAUAUACAAUCGUUAAUAAAGGAGGGUAAAGUAGAGGAGGCUCCGCAAACGGAGUGUAAUGAAACUGUCAGUGAACUUUCAACCGUUGCCCCUAAUAUGGUGCGCGUGAUAUCGCUGCCGGCCCUCGGAGCCGAGGGCGACAGCAAUAGCGCGAGCCGCCAAGCGCUCAUAACGACGGUCGAGGAGGAGGAAGACCAGGAGAGCGGCGAGCCCGAAUCCAGUGGCGAAACCUCCCCGCUUCGCAAGAUAGAAAAUAAUAUUAGUGCUAUACUAAGUCAAGGUCGGGACCAAAAACAUUUUACACCUUAUAUGCCAAAAGACUGGAACAUCCACAGGGAUGAGUACUGUGAUGAAAUAUCGAAGGAUAUUUUAGAAAACAAUUUCCGGUAUAGCUCUAGGGAAAAGCAGAAAAGGCACGACAUUCAAAAGUCAUCCAGUCACAAUGAAAUACAAAGUCAGAGGUCGAUAGACCGAAGGGACCGGUCGUCCGGACGACGGUCGAACAGCAUGCACAAAUCUACUAGCGCUAAGGAAAUGCCCGUCAGUUUGAUGCGCCAGCCCUCCUCCUCUGACUCGGCAGUAUCGAGUGGGGGAGAUUUUCCUCUGAAUGUUCAAGUAGUCGAGCACGCGUAUAAGCACAACCAGCUGCCGCCUUCACCCAAUAAGACUCACGACAGGGGACCGUUGCCGCAAACGCCGGAAUCGCCGAAAUUCCCCCCGCUGCCACCUUCGCCUGUACAGGAGGUGGAAGAUGAGUACACAGAAAUAAUGCAACCUCCAGAGAGGAGGCAAUCCAAAAAGGCCGACACGUUGCCGACACCGACCAUGGAAAUCAGAAGAAGGCCCUCAGAGCCACCAGCCGUACCGCCACACAGAGACACAACCAAUAGCCUGAAAACGCGAUCCAUGGAAACCAGCUACAGCAAAAAUAGAAGGAGUAGUGGAAACUUCAAGUCUGGCUCAACAGACAGAAGGACAUUACCCACAGACUCCACCGGUACGAACGGGGCUCGUCGCCGCACGCUGCAGCGUCAGAACCGGGAGACAUCAGUGCGCGGACAGCUGCAGACGUCCGCCAGCCUGCCCGAGACGCCCGUGUUCGCUCGCGGCUGCGACGUCCCCCGCACCCCGCCCAGGAACUCCACCGGUCCACCCAGAAAUAACACCAUGAACUCUAUCCAAACUAUUGGAAGCAGCGCGACUCUCGGCGGGUACGGGCGGGGCUCGGUGAUGGGCACCUCCGGCGUGUGCACCGGCGCCGACCUGCUGCGGAUGGGCGGACCCGCGAGGGGCUGGUACCCGCGACAACGACACAGGCCGGCAUCAAUCGAACAUUUAGACCGGAUAUCGACGUCUAAGAUGGCGGGCGACCACCCGGGGGGUUGGGAGGGGUCCGCCAGCCGGAAACCGCUCACUCUGCCUCCCAACUUGACGCCCAAGUUCUUCCAAAAGUCGCCAAGAGAAGCGCUAAGAAGAGUUACCAGUUUAUUGAUUAGAAAAGGUAACAACGGCAAGGAGAAGGAAAAUUCUAGAAGCAAAGAGACGACUUCACCUGCGGCGCGCUCUGCGAACGGCGAGGAGCAUCCAGGUCAAAAACAACGCAAAGGUUUCUUUAGAAGCCUCUGGAAGAAGUCUCGCCACUACUCGCUGGAGCACCCAUGACCAAACCACUCGAUGUCCCACGACUUGACUUUGAAAUCUCUGCCCUAAUUAAGUAUUGUAUUAGGGUUGAGUAAAUCAAAAGUAUUGUUAUAGGCCAAUGUAAUUUUUAUAGAUAAUAUUACUAUACCUACCGUACGGAAUCGAUGACUUUACUCGACUCGACUCCGGGACAUUUUAUUAUGUUGGGCAUGAGAUAGAAAUGUGUAACGUGCGUGAUUGUGGCUUUCAGUAUGUUAAAUGUUUCCUGUAAUUCCUAGCAGAGGUCAGAGGAAAAACGCUUUUGAUUAUUGUUAGUCUCGUUUCCUUUACUUUUGUACAGAUGCUACUUAUUGGUUUAUAUAAUAUUUAUUUUAUACUAACGGUGAAUGCCUUUAUGUAAUUGUUUUUAUUAUUAUAAGGAUAUAGGUAUGUAGAAAUGUAGAUAACCUCGUAGUGACUUUUCAUGCGUUUAACAAAUUUUCUAUAAAUUUUGCUUUUUCUUUUUAAAAUUUAUAUCGACAAACAAAUGUUUCUAUCCAUAUUUUUACGUAGCGUUAGAAAUGUACAAUUAUAUUUGUGUGGUAAUAUUAUUCAAGAACCAAAAUCACUUUAUAGGCUACCAGUUUUAACAUUUUAUACCAAUCCUUGUAUUUGAGUGUACUUAAUUCUUAUUAUUGUAGAUUUUGUCAAAGGAAAU